UUCGUGGUUGCUUCUAAUGCGGUGUCCGAAAUAACAAUGUUCUGAUCCUCGACCCCGAUUCCACUUUCCCUUUCUCUUCGUUUUCCUCUUUGCGGAGAUAGAGAGAGAAGGGCGGCGACGAGGAGAGGAGGAUGGAGGUGGUGCUGCAUGUCUACGAUGUGACUAACAGUGGCUCGGACAAGACCAACAACACCAUUCUUCAGAUAAACAAGUUCUUCAAGGAUGGGAUCGGCCUUGGCGGCAUCUUCCACUCUGCUGUUCAGGUUUAUGGAGAUGAAGAAUGGUCAUUUGGGUUUUGUGAAUUUGGUACUGGAGUUUUUAGCUGUCCUCCGAGUAAAAAUCCAAUGUAUACCUACCGUGAGCGCAUUGUUCUUGGAGAAACAAACUGUUCAAUUUUCAAAGUAAAUCAGAUUUUGCGGGAGCUCAGCCGAGAGUGGCCUGGAGAAUCAUAUGAUCUGCUAUCAAGAAACUGUAACCACUUCUGUGAUGUUUUUUGUGAAAGCCUUGGUGUACCCAAACUACCAGGUUGGGUAAAUCGGUUUGCCAAUGCUGGUGAUACCGCCAUGGAAGUUGCAGGCACCACAGCAAUGAAGUUCAGGCAAGCAAAGGCGGAAGUAGUGACAGCUAGCAAAGUGGCAUACAGAUUCCUUGCGGGUAUUGCCUCCAAUUCUACAGCCACGACGGAGAGCCCAAGCAGUCCGAAUAGAGGUGCUACUGCUCCGAGGUUUCAAGGUGCCUGGUUUAAAAACCUGAUGUCUAUCGGUGCCAAGCCUAGUACUUCUGAAGUCCCAGAUGAUACGGAUGUGAUGCUUCCUCAACAAAGUCUAAAAUCGACAGACCUACUGGAGCAUAGUCCCAAGCACAACUUGUAACAUUUCUCAGACUCAAACUCCAUGCUUCAAUUGUGCAAAUUUCGGUACCAUUUGUGGAAAUUCCUCCAACUUUGACUUCUGCAUCCUUUGUUUUGUAAUUGUGCUUUGACACUGUAGUUGUUAAGUAAACAUGUAAUUGCAGGCUAACAUUGACUGAAAUGAAGGACAACAGCCUGGGGGUUUAUAAAUCCCAAGGCCUCCCCAUUGUGGUUAGUAUCACUUUCUCUUGUAAACAUGACCUAUCUGAAGAUUUUAUACAUUUUUUUCUCCAGAGAGUUUGUUCAUCUUUCAAUUGAGAUUGUUAUUUGCUGUAAUAGACAUGGUUUGUUCUUGAAGUAUUUGUUAGUUUCUGUUA